UGGAGGUUUCAUUUUGUUCCGGAAGACUACAAUUUGCACUCUGGAGUAGUAAAUUUUUCGUGAAAUAUUGAGUUGUUGCUAAAAUCAGAUAAAAUUCAGUAAUGUCAUUCGAUUACCAGUUUAUGUAUGGUAUAUUAAAUUAAUAUAUUAUUAAUUGCGAAUCACACCCUGACAACCUGGCCGAUUACUUAAUAAAAAUAGUCAAAAAUAUCAAAAAACGUGGCGGGAGCUCAAAUUCAACCGUGUCGUAACCGCGCUUAAAUUUAUGCGAGCUUCUGAAAAAAAACCAUGAAGCAAUCCACCUACACAAUUAAAUUUACUACGGUUUUCUUCAUCUGCUUCUCCUUGUACCUCAUCCUUUAUCAAUUCCACUUCAAAAACGAAACUUCCACCCUGACCGACUUACCGCCCCCUCUAGCAGACACUGGCAUUAAAGUCUUAACCAGCAUGUUGAACCUUCCCGCGUGGUACCGACUUAAGGACUGGGGCUUAAAAAAGGACCCUGCCUACGACAACGUCACCAUAACCACGCGGGGCUACGACCAAGAAGAAUUGACCGCCUGGAAUGAAUUCUUUUUCGGCACCGGGGCCGGCCUAAUGCUCGAAUUGGGCGCGAUGAACGGCCUGAAUUCCAGCGUGAGUCUCUUUUUUGAACAGACCGCGCAUUGGCGGUCAAUCCUGAUUGAAGCUAAUCCCACCCUGUCGUCUCAAAUACAUAAAAAUCGGCCCGAUGCGAUCAGUUUUAAUGCCGCGAUUUGUGACCAAGUUCGCACCGUGCAUUACAAAGAUGAAGAUAUUACGAGGAUCCUAAAAUUAUUACGAUUCAGUGCGUCCCUCUUUCGCAUCUUUUAGUUCCGCUGGGAAUUCGGCACAUCAAUUUUUUUCUGCUGGAUGUAGAAGGCGGAGAAUUAAGGGUUUUGGAGGGGGUUGAUUUUGACCAAAUUUCCUUUGAUGUCAUUGCCGUGGAGACGGAUCGGGGUAACGUGGGGCCGGAGGAGGCUGCUAUGUAUGUGGAUGAA